AUGGGCUCGGACGUCUGGGUCGGCCCGUGGCGGCCGCACCGGCCCCGCGGCCCCAUCGCAGCGCUCUACAGCGGUCCCGGGCCCAAGUACAAGCUGCCACCCGGCACCGGCUACAUCCUGCACGACCCGUCGCGGCCCCGCGCCCCCGCCUUCACCUUCGGCGCGCGCCUCCCCACGCAGCAGAUUUCGUGCGGCCCCGGGCCAGGUCACCUGGUGCCCGCUCGCAUGACCGUGCGCGGCCGCGACGGCGCCCCCGCCUACUCCAUCUUCGGCCGCCCGCGCCACGCAGAGCCCUUCCUCACUCCAGGACCGGGCAGGUACUUCCCGGAGCGAGCGGGGAACGCGGCAUACCCCAGCGCGCCUCGGCACACCAUCGCUCCCCGAAACUGGGGCCUCCGCGCGGAGUCACAGACCCCAGGCCCCGGGACCUACACUGUGCCCUCGCUCCUGGGCCCGCGCGUCGUCGGUAAAGUCUCGGCCCCGACUUACUCCAUCUACGGCCGCAGCGCGGUGGGCAGCUUCUGCGAGGACCUCAGCAAGACCCCCGGGCCCUGCGCCUACCAUGUGGUGAGCCCUGGGAUCUACAAGCCCCGGGCCCCCCAGUUCUCGAUGCUGGCGCGGACUUCGCUCCCCCGAGGCGACACCCUGAAUCCCGGGCCUGCAGCCUACAACGUGGACCAGGUGGUCUGCAGUUCAGGGUCAAGGCUCAGAGGCGGGCACCGGAAGCCUCGUGGCUGGAGCUUCGGGAUCCGGCACUCGGACUACCUGGCCCCGAUGGUGACCGACGUGGAUGACUGA